GAUCGAUUCCAGUAACUCAAGUAGAACUUAAUUAACUAAAAUUAUCUAAAAUGGCAAACAAGUGCAUUUUCCUAUUCGUUUGCUUGUGCAGCAUUGUACUGAUCGCUGCCUUGCCGCUACAAGAUGACACAAAAGCGCCGCAAGAAGGACAACCACCAGUGCUGGCACGUCAUGUGCGUUCUCCUGAUGGUGGCAGCGUUGGUGUCGAUGUGAAUCAGGAUAGCGCCUCGGCUCAUUACAAUCAAAACAUCUACACCAGCGACGAUGGCAAUUUUAAGUUGGACGCUGCUGCACAAGCCAGUCACAAUUUUCACACCAAUGACAACUCCUACAGCGGUGCAAUAUCUGGUUCAUUUAGUUGGUAAAUUGAUGUGUGGAAAAGUUGGCAAAUUGUAAAAAUAUUUUAUGAGCAAUUAAAAUGUAAUAAAU